GAAGGAAGGACAACACUGGAUUUUGUGAUACAGUGGCACUGGCCAAAGUCCCCUUUCAUUCCCUGCGCGUUGUUUCACUCAAAGGGUUUCCAUUCCACCAAGCUCUCCAUAGCCCUUCCCGCUUCCGCCUCGCCGUCUCCGCGCACCUGACUGACCCAACUCUCCUCGCCCGCUCAAAUUUCGAACGAAUCCCUGAUACCCAUUUCCUGGGACAUUUGCACUGCGCGUUUUGGUGGAGUAUCGCGCCUUCAUGAUGCAUUCUGAGUAAUGCGUCAGGCAACCGGCUGUUGCCGGCGCAUAAGAGAGAGCUAUGCUGGGUCGGCGAUGGCAUGAAGGCAUGGUGUGUUAGUAAGGUGUUGUCUGAUGUUCCUAUACUUUUCAUGGAAGGGGCACAUUUCGACCAGGGUUGAUAUUCUCCGCAUGCGUAUGUUUGCGGGAGUUUCGUGGGAGGGGCGAGCUUGAAAUGGGAAUAUGAGGUUAACAGCUUAAUUUUGUCAAUAACCCGUGGAAUGCUCAGAAAAAGGCUAAUCUUGCUCUAGGUUUUGGGGUCGUCCUGGAAUUUGGAUAGGUUUUCUGUUUUUUAUACAAAUAUUUAUUUUUCGAGAGAUUUAAAGGAUUACUGCCCAGGAUGAGUGCACAGGAAGUUCAAACGUGCGGGAAACCUCUAGAUACUCUCAUUGAAAGAGUGCUAUGCACGAACAUAUUGUCUUCUGAUUACUUCAAAGAGCUCUUUGGUCUUCAGACAUACACCGAAGUUGUGGACGAGAUUUAUAAUCACGUGGACCACGUGGAGCCAUGGAUGACUGGGAACUGCCGUGGUCCGUCAACAGCGUUUUGUUUACUCUACAAGCUAUUUACUUUGAAAUUCACCGUGAAACAGAUGCAAGAUAUACUUGACCAUCCAGACUCUCCAUACAUUCGGGCUCUAGGGUUUUUAUACCUGAGGUACGUUGGAGACCCUAAGACUAUCUGGGAUUGGUUCGAACCAUAUGUGAAGGACCCGGAAGAAUUUUCUCCAGGUUCGAACAAGAAAAUGACAACAAUGGGUGUAUAUGUGCGGGACAUUAUUUUGAAUCAGUACUAUUUCGAUACUCUCUUUCCCCGCAUUCCUGUUCCUAUUCUGCGGCAAAUCACUGCAUGCCUUGAACGUAUGAAGCUUCCAACUCAACCCUCGGGAGUUACUGGGAACAGUAGUCGACAUGGUUCAGAUGAUACAGCUAGAAGACCACCCUCCGUCAAGGCAGCCUUGUCAGUGUCUUUCGGGCAGCGAGCUCCCCACCGGGCAUUUACUCGAGAUUCUUCUCCUGUUCGCCGAACAGCACCGAUUCGGGAGGCUGGAGGCGCAGACGCUGAAAGAGACAAAAACAGGGAUUAUGGUCGAGACAAAGGGAGGAACUCUCGAGACAGGGACAGGCGUGACAGUGAAGCUCGGGACCGUGGGCGUGACGGGGAGCAGAAGGAUAGAGCCAUAGAACGAGAGAGAGAAAGGAGUAGGGAUUAUGAUCGUGAAGGAAGUCGCGGAAGGGGUAGAGAUGAAAGGGACAGAGACAAUGUCAGGGAUUAUUCUAGAUAUAGGGACGUAGACAGAAGUCGAGAUAGUGAACGGGACAGAUCAAGGAAUAGAGAUAGAGGGUGGGAGAGGGAGGAUGACAGGUCUAGGGACAGAAGGAGAGAUCGUAGUCUUAACAGGGAUAGAACAAGAGAAAGAAAGUAUAAUGGUGAACGGCUCCGUAGUCGAACUCGCAGUCGCAGUCCUGCGCAUCACAGUGAAGGUGUGGAUCGUAAUAGAUCCAGAAGCCCCGCUAGGGCUGCUCCUGCGUCAAAUAAUCUGAAGAAGUUGCUGGAUGUCUAUGGAGAUGCUAGCCAUGCAAAGAGUGAGAAUGAUACUACCAGUGGCUUCAAUUCAAAAGCGUCAGUUGAUGAUGAUGUCAUUCAUCUUGGAGGCUCAAGAUGGAGGUAGUUAGGAUCUUGAGGGCCGUGAGUUUUAGUGUGCACUUUGUCUGCAGAGUCUCUUGAAGUGAUAUAAGGACUCAUUCUGACCAGUGUUUAGGUUCUUCCAACUCUUUGCAGUGCCACGGAUUGAAAGCUUUCGGCAGUCUUUUGUUCUUAAUUCUCACUUGAGACUGCCAUUUUACUAUUUCUACGAUGGGUUGAUAAAUACUGUACAUGGAUAUUUGUGUGGGUAUGCUGUAUCGCUCUACAGCCCUGCCUGUCAGACGUGCCUUGGCCUUUUCGCCUUUUUCAGUAGCUGCGUACAAGAUUGCAGGUAGCCCCAGGCAGAGUAACUUUCAUAGUGGAUCCAGCAUUGAACCUCUGGUGCUGGGUUUCAAGUACUGCCAGCAUCAUCGGUGUGGCGAGUUUUUCAUUUUCGAAACACUUUUAUUUAUUUAUUUAUUUUGGCCGGUGUGGUUGUUAGUGGUUCAUUCAUGAGGCAUCGGGUGCUGACACCACGAAUACAAGUUCUUCGUAAUGUCCUGAUAGAGAUUUCAUGAAGGUAGACGAAGGAGUGUUUAAUUGUCCCGCCGAUUAUCAUUGGAACUAAUGCAAGUUUUAUCGUUCCUCGUCA